CCACAAUUGCCUCCUUUUUUAUAUAUCCAUAAUGCUCAUGAAGCAAUUACAAACAAUUAAGCCAUGGAAGACAAUACUAUUAUUACUAUCUACUGCGCAGCUGCCUUUUCUCUUAUCUUUAUCUUUCUUGCACUCAAAUUUCACCUCUCAAGAUCAACAAGCCAUGAGAAUAAGAAGAAGUUGCUCCCUCCAAGCCCACCUUCGGUCCCAAUUCUUGGCCACCUCCAUCUCCUAAAACCGCCCAUGCACCGCAACAUCCUCUACAAACUCUCCCAAAAAUACGGCCCAAUCUUCUCCUUAUGGUUCGGUUCACGUCGCGUGGUUGUCUUGUCAUCACUACCACUCGUGGAGGAAUGCUUCACUAAAAACGACAUCGUAUUCGCCAACCGACCUAAACUACUCAUGACCAAGCACCUUGGCUACAACAGCACAACCGUCACCCAGGCCCCGUACGGGGACCACUGGCGCAACCUGCGCCGAAUCUGCACAAUCGAGGUCUUUUCCAAUCACCGUCUCAACACGUUCUUGAGCAUCCGGAAGGACGAGAUCAGACGGCUAUUGUCCCGUGAUGAUUUUGCCAAGGUAGAGCUAAAAUCUAUGUUUGCGGAACUGACGUUUAAUAUUAUAAUGAGAAUGGUUUCAGGGAAGAGAUACUACGGUGACAAUGUGGAUAACGACGAGGAAGCGAGGAAUUUUAGGGAGAUGAUGAGGGAGGCUACAACGUACGGUGGAGUGUCGUAUCCUGGUGAUUUCUUUCCCGUUUUGAAGUGGAUUGAUUGGGGGGACUAUGAGAAGAGAGUGAAGAGACUUGCUGGAAAGACGGAUGCUUUUCUACAAGGAUUGAUUGAUGAGCAUAGAGGGAAAAGAGAAGGCUCGGAGAGUGUGAAUUCUAUGAUUGAUCAUCUACUUUCAUUGCAAGAGUCACAGCCAGAGUAUUAUACAGAUCAGAUUAUAAAGGGUCUUGUACUGGUUGAUUCAUUUAUCAUGCAGGUCAUGCUAUUGGCAGGAACUGAAACGUCAGCAGUGACGUUAGAGUGGGCUAUGUCCAAUUUGGUUAACCAUCCAGAAGUCUUGCAUAAAGCUCGAGCAGAAAUGGACUCUCAAGUAGGCCAAGAAAGCUUGAUUGAAGAGCCAGAUGUCUCAAAAGCACACUACAUUCAAGCCAUUAUAUUGGAGACACUUCGGCUGAAUCCGGCGACACCGCUUUUAGUCCCACACAUAUCAUCAGAUGAUUGUACACUAGGAGGAUACCAUGUGCCACGUGACACUAUUUUAUUGGUCAAUGCAUGGGUUAUACACAGGGACCCAACACUUUGGGAUGAGCCAUCAAGUUUCAAGCCCGAGAGAUUUUUGAAAGGGGACACUGAGUCUGCUAAACUCAUACCAUUUGGGCUUGGGAGGAGGGCAUGUCCUGGGUCGGGCCUGGCCCAACGUGUUAUUGGACUGACUUUAGGGUCAUUGAUUCAGUGCUUUGAAUGGAAAAGGGUGAGUGAGAAAUUAGUUGACAUGUCUGAAGGUAAAGGGGUGACUGUGCCUAGGGUCGGGCCCUUGGAAGUCAUGUGUAAAGCUCGGCCCAUCAUGAACAAGCUUUUUCUCUAAUUGUUUAUAGCUUGUUUGGGCCUUUGGGCGCAUAAUAUCAAUGUGUGGUACACUGGUAUGUAUGUAUUGAGCUUUGCUCUAAAUAAAACUGAUGGGAAAAGAUCUUAUCAUAUAUGAUGAUAUCAUAACUCAUCAA